AAUCUAGCUUUCAUCCAUGGGUCGUGUCAUUCGCGGACAAAGAAAAGGAGCUAAAGGAGCUGUUUUCCAGGCUCACACUCACCUGCGUAAGGGAGUGCCUCAAUUCCGUGCGUUGGACUAUUCUGAGCGCAACGGAUUCCUGAAGGGAGUGGUGCGAGAGAUCGUUCACGAUUCCGGUCGUGGCGCUCCUCUUGCUCGCGUGACUUUCCGCAAUCCUUACCACUUCAAGGUGGACAAGGAGCUGUUCCUGGCUGCUGAGGGUAUGUUCACUGGCCAGAGCGUGUUCUGCGGUAAGAAGGCGGAUAUCAGCGUGGGUAACGUGCUUCCUCUGCGUGAGCUUCCUGAGGGAACUGUUGUGUGCAACGUGGAGCACAAGGUGGGGGAUCGCGGCAGUCUGGCUCGGUGCUCUGGCGACUACGUGACUGUGAUUGGCCACUCGGAUGACCGCAGCAUGACGUUCAUCCGUCUGCCCUCGGGCAUCAAGAAGACGGUUUCUUCGAGCUGCCGUGGCAUGGUGGGAAUCGUGGCUGGCGGAGGCCGCAUGGACAAGCCGAUGCUGAAGGCGGGUCGUGCGUACCACAAGUUCGCUGUGAAGCGCAAUGAGUGGCCGAAGGUGCGCGGUGUGUGCAUGAACCCUGUGGAUCACCCGCACGGAGGAGGUAACCACCAGCACAUUGGUAAGCCUUCGACUCGCAGCCGUGGCACUUGCCCCGGAAAGAAGGUGGGUCUGAUUGCUGCUCGUCGCACUGGACGUAUUCGUGGACGUGUGGAGCCUUAAGAAGGAGUCGUGUGGAUAGUAUGGAUGGAGUUUGUGGAGCGAAUGAUGAUAAAUUGGAUGAAAAUG